CAUUUUUUAAUCCUUUUCAGGCUUGUUGAGUAUUUUUGGUGAAACGUGCGUAAAAUGAGUAAUAUUCACUUGUGCCGCAAUGUGACAGCAGCGGAAAUUAAUGAAACAACAUACAAUGCGAACACAAUUGGAGCUCUCUUGGCAGCGUAUCGUUCAACGAUCAUGCACUCACCAAAAGUGCAAAAUAUGGAAUCUGAGGCGGUGUACCGCCUAAUUCAAAGAGACUUGCAGAAGGCGGACAAGGCGUACGCAUUAAUUACGUCAAACAAGUUAAGGCCGAAAGAACUAGAUAGCUUCAUUGACGUAUUGAAGACUCUAAUUCUUUCAUGCAUGAGGAAAAACAAAUUGGUGGAGUUAUGCAGAGUGUUUUACAAGGAAGAACAUGAAACGGAAUGUGAAACUGUAAUGGGAUACGGUGAUGAUAGAGGACCUCCUGCAGUCCAUUCAGUACCUCCUGAUUCCAUUCCUGUAGAGCAACAACCAACAAACAACACAGCAGUGGAAAGCUUGGGAUGUGAAGAACAUACGGAAAUUGGAAUGCAUGAUGUUGCUCAUUCCACCCCACCCUUGGAAGCUCCUCAAUUUGAGGCAGUAUCGGAAAAAUUGGAAUAUACAGAAGUUGCACCUUAUGUUCCUGAGGUUGCUGAUGUGACCCCACCCCUGGAAUUGCCUCAGCCUGACGGAGAUACGGAAGUUCCAGACCAUGAAGAUGGAGUGGAAGAGCAACCAAGUUUGGAAGGUUCAAAUGCACUACAAGCAUUGAUUGAAGAUGGAGUGGAAGAUCAAGCAAUUGUAGAAGGUUCACAUGCAAGACAACACAUAGGUAUUCAAACGAAACUCCCAAUUGCUGAUGAGGAUAAGUGUAAGGGAUGCAGUGCAGGGAAGGAACUCGUUGAAUUCUGUUACACAAACAGAUUGGAUUAUUGCAACGUCAACAUGCUGAAGCAGCUGCUGCAUGCAUGCUUCACAAAUUCAAGCAGUGAAGGGGAUAAUUGUAAGAAAUGCGAGAAGGUAUUGGAGGUAAUACAUAACGUUGAAGAAAUGCAGCUUAUGGGAAUUCAAGAUGAUGCAUUGUAUGACGUUGCAAAGAAAGCGAAGAAAAGAAUAAGGGCAUCCAUGAAGAAAAGUACAAAUGCAACAGUCAAAAAAAGGAAAUACGUCCGAAAAAACAAGUGUCCUCCCAAGAAAACACCGAAGCAUGAUAAGAAGACACUUGGCCCUGUUGCAAGCCUGUAUGGCAGGUUUGCAGAACUUGAUGAUGAAGGGAAUUUUACAAGUCCACCACCUCAAUGCAAGUUAAGGAAGUCUCCUGCAUCAGUUGUCCAAUUUGCACGGUUCAUGGAGUGGGCUUUGAAAGGACACUACAAACUUCAUGAUUUCAUGAAGGGGAAAGCUCCAGACUUUAAUGGAGUAAACAAUGAGUGGAGGACGAAAACGUCAUCAUGCAUGUUUGAUGUUGGCUGCACCUCAUGGCUGCGCUUAGAACACAAUAAAGCCCGCCUAUCAUCCUGGAUUAUCCCUAUGAGGUGCGUUCCUGGGGCAUUCAAGUCUACAGAGUUGCAGUUCCCAAAGUACACGUACCAAGGAAGCCUGUGGGUGGAGGACAUCAGUGAGGAAGAAAAGGUUUCCAUAGCAAUUGGUGAGGAAAUGGAAUUAACUCCAUGCGUCAUGCUUGCUUGUGCGCCUACUCAAGACGGAACUGAUGUUGGACUCUUCAUUCGACUGGAUGACCUUUACUGUCUUAUCCAACGGAUGAGAAAAUACUGCGAGAACCUUGCCCGCCGUACUCUUGCAACGAUAGCUGAAACACCUGAGGAAAAGAAAAAGAUGGCCCCUAAUGAAAUUAUUGGGAAGGGCAUUUUCUACAACAUCCUCGCAAGAUCACUUUUUCCAGCUGAUUCAUGCGGUGCGAUUUUAAAGUACGGCACGUAUUCAGGCACCUCAACUGCCAAGAAGAAUAGAAGUACAUCUGCUGGUUCCAGUGAUGACGAGGAUGUUCAAAACGAAGAAUUACAAGAAAGUCCAUUCGUAAACUUCCGUUUUGACUGCAUGUUUUCACUAUCACCAGAUGGCAAAAGGUCACCGUUUGUUCCUGGUUUGAUGCGCUCAAUACUAACCGACGAGGUCCGGAAGCUAACAAGUUUACGAGAUGAAAAAUUGAAUGACGUGAUGAAAGACAUCAUCAAGAAAGAUGCCUCCUCAUUUUCAACGAAACCAAACGUUGGCAUUGUGACGUUCAAGAAAUGGAUAAAGACGUGCUACGAGAAACAGAUGAGGACAAUCAUUGGGCAUUACAUGCAAGAAAUGGAUUGUGUUUCCGAAGAAUUUCAGAGCUUCAGAGUGUGGCUGAAUGAUGUUUACUACAAACGUCACGAUAUUUGGCCAAAUCUAUUUGGCGGACAUGUCCAGGAGUCUUUUUCAGAUAUGGCUCAAAAAAAGUUAACAGAUUCUUCAUCGGAGGAUGAUUAACUUCCCAAAAGUUAUUAAACACCGUUUUGCAUUUUUUUUAAAUAUUUACAUAAUUUUUUUUUACCGAGUCACUGAGCUGAAAUUGUUUUUAUAUGUGUGAAUGUCGUGGUGCAUUUUUUUUUCGGAC